AUGCGCCAAUUCGUGCGCUUCGCAACCAAUGAUGCCUCACCACUGCUCGCACCCGCCCUCCUCCAGCGCGCUCAAUCCCUCACAACCGAACACGACGACCUCCAGAAAACCCUCAACAACUCCUUCGAUUCUACCAUAGCGAAACGCGUCGGCGAAUUAUCCCGUGUAGCCGAAGCGCUGAAAGCAUGGCAGACCUCUCAAGCCUCGGUCGCCGAAUUGACCUCCAUGCUCGACGACCCCGACCAAGAUGCUGAUCUCGCUGCCAUCGCCCGCGAUGAACUCUCCUCCGAGACAGGGAAACUCGAAUCCCUCGCCCGUAGACUCUCAGCAAGCUUAACACCCCGCCAUCCCUUCGCCGACUUCCCAUGCAUGCUGGAAUUCCGCCCUGGGCCAGGCGGCCUUGAAGGACGGUACUUUAUGGACACUUUGUUCAAGAUGUACAAGGCGCUGUGCAUGCGCCGCGGUUACCGCCACACAGUAGUAAAAUACGAAUUCGCCGAUACCGCAGGGGACUCCUCCUCAUCCGCCGGCGAAAAUCCCCUCCAAGAAGCAAUUCUCGAAGUCCACGACCAAGGCGCCUUCGACAUCUUCCGCAGCGAAGCAGGCAUGCACCGCGUCCAGCGCAUCCCCAGCACCGAGACCAAAGGCCGUGUGCACACCAGCGCCGUCGCUGUCUGGGUUCUCCCCUCGUUCCCCGAGAACGGCGCUGCAAACAUCGACUUUGACGAUCCAGAGAGUGACUUCUACGUCAACCCGCAAGAGGUCAAGAUUGAGACGAUGCGAGCGAGAGGUGCGGGAGGACAACACGUUAAUAAGACUGAGUCUGCUAUUCGGAUGACGCAUUUGCCUACUGGUACGACUGUGUCGAUGCAGGAUCAUCGGUCGCAGCAGCGUAAUCGUGAAGAGGCAUGGAAACUGCUUCGUUCGCGAAUUGCUGAUCAGCGACGAGAAGCUCGUGAAGAGGAAGCGUCAAAUCUGAGAAACAGCGUACUCUCCAAGACACAGAUCACACGAGGCGAUAAAAUCCGAACAUACAACUACAACCAGGACCGAUGUACCGACCAUCGAGCAGGUGUUGACGUGCACGACCUACCGAAUGUGCUUGAGGGUGGUGAAAAGCUAGAUCGAAUCAUGGACGGCGCAAAAGAUUGGCUUGUGAACAAGGACAUUGAACUCCUCAUGGCCGAGGAAGAAGCCAAAGACAAGCCCAACGGCAAGAAAUAG